GUUGGCAUUGACAGCCACUUGGGUUUCUCCUCUCGUCGGUCACCUGUGGUGUGUUUACACGGCUGUGUGGCAUCCAGCCAGCAACUCGACAAUGUUCUGAAGCGAGGCGGCAAUGCUGCAGAUGCUGUGGUUGCCAUAGCAGCAGCGCUGGCAGUUACAUAGCCAGGCAGCACUGGUCUUGGUGGUGACGCCUUCUGCUUGUUCUUCAACGGCAACACGAGUGAGAUCAGAGGAAUAAAUGGCAGGAGGUGCUCACUGGAGCACUCACUGGAACUAGCUCAGGUGGGGUUUCCUGUUGCUGAAGUUACAGCUCACUUCUGGGCACAAUCCGAGUUUCGAGGUGCAGGGAAGGAACUUGGUGGAGACCUGCUGAUUGACGGUCAUCCUCCCAAACAUGGACACGUAUUCAGAAACCCUUUCCUUGCCCGAACUCUUAAGCUUGGGGAGCAUGGGAAGAAAGCAAUCUACCAAGGCAGAGUGGCUCAAGCCAUUGUCGACAUCAUCGCCCAGCAUGGAGGAGUCAUGACCUUGGAUGACCUCAAUAGCCAUGACAGUGAGUUGGUCGCUCCCAUCAACACGUACAAGUACAAUGUGAGGUGUGUGCGUGUAUGAGAGCCUCCUCCCAAUAGUCAAGGAUUGGCUGCUCUGCUGCUGCUCAACAUCCUGGAAAACUUCCCUCUCAAAGCCUUUGGUUGUGCAUUACGUGGGCGACCCAGACCAUGUCACCAUUCCUGCGCAAUCUCUAUUGAGCAAAAACUGCAGCAGCCAGUGAUCACUGGCGGGUGCAGUUUCUGAUGGUUUCUG